AUGUCAAAUUCUUCCCAAACCCUCAACGCCUCCUCGAAACCCUCAACAUCUUUCUCCACCACCUCCUCUAGCAGACCUUUUUCCGCCCCUCCAGCCCCCGCACAACAAGAACCACAACGCUCAACAAGUCAAGAUGAAACCUCUCCUUUCUUAAAGGAUCUCACUCUAGUAGCCGAGGCGGCCAAGAGGGCACAAAUGGCUUGUUUGAUGAGGGAUCUGGAUGACUGUGAAAUGUAG